AUGUAUACGACAUCAUUUGCCUUUUUUGAGGCGCUAUGGGAAGCCGGUGUCACGCAUUGCUUCGUCAAUCUCGGUUCUGACCAUCCUAGCAUUAUUGAGGCUAUGGUCAAGGGCACACGCGAAAAGAAGGGCCAAUUUCCGAGAAUUAUAACAUGUCCCAAUGAGAUGGUCGCCAUGUCCAUGGCGGAUGGCUACGCCCGCCUGACGAACCAACCCCAGUGCGUCAUUGUCCACGUCGACGUCGGCACCCAAGGCCUUGGGGCGGCGGUGCACAACGCAUCAACGGGACGGGCGCCCGUGCUUGUCUUCGCGGGGCUUUCACCCUUUACGAUCGAGGGUGAGAUGCGUGGGUCCCGUACCGAGUUCAUCCACUGGGUCCAGGACGUGCCGGACCAGAAGCAGAUUGUGAGCCAGUACUGCCGCUACAGUGCGGAGCUCAAGACGGGAAAGAACGUGAAACAGAUGGUGGCCAGGGCCCUGCAGUUUGCAAUCAGCCAGCCUCAGGGCCCCGUGUACCUGUACGGUGCGAGGGAGGUCAUGGAGGAGGAAAUCAAGCCGUACGAACUGGACAGGAAGCUUGCCGAGCCGGUCGAGCUGGGCGCAUUGUCGGCCAAGGCGGUGCAAAACAUAUCCGAGGCGCUCGGUGGUGCAAAGCAGCCCAUCCUCAUCGUGGGCUACGCUGCCCGUAACCAGGAGGUCCCUGCUGCCCUCGUCGAGCUCGCCGAUACCGUGCCCGCUCUCCAGAUCCUCGACGCGGCGGGAAGCGAGAUGAGCUUCCCUGCAAACCACCCCGCCUGGCUGGGCCUGCGGUACGGCGCCGCGCCCGAAAUCGAGACGGCCGACGUCAUCAUCCUCCUAGAUGUUGACGUCCCCUGGAUCCCGACGCAGUGCAAGCCGCACGCCAACGCUCGCGUUUUCCACAUCGACUCGGACCCGCUCAAGCAGAUGAUGCCGGUAUUCUACGUCUCUGCCGAGGCGCGAUACAGGGCCUGCAGUCUGACGGCCGUGCAGCAGCUCGCCGCGCACCUGAAGGCGAACAAGGCGCUGAUCACGAGUAAGACGGAGGCCGCCGCCCGGGAGAGCAGCCACAGCAAGCUGCUGGCCACCAUCGAAGCGCGCUGCAAACCGCACGACGACGGGACGUUUGGGGCGGGCUACGUAUGCCGCAAGGUGAGGGCUUCGGUGCCCGAGGACACCAUUUUCGCUAUCGAGGCCGUGACAAACACGCUGUGGACGCACGAUGCCCUGCAGCCCAUCCUUCCCGGCACGUGGUACAACUGCGGAGGCGGUGGGCUUGGAUGGUCGGGUGGCGCCGCUUUGGGCUUAAAGCUCGCCACCGACACCAUUCACGGCGGCAAAGGCAAGGGCAAGUUUGUGUGCCAGGUUGUCGCCGACGGAACUUUCCUUUUCAGCGUCCCGUCCAGCGUGCACUGGAUCGGAAAGCGAUAUGGCAUCCCGGUGUUGACCAUCAUCCUGAACAAUGCUGGCUGGCAUGCACCCAAGAGAUCCCUCCUCCUGGUGCACCCGGAUGGCGAAGGAUCGACGGCGACGCACGAGGAGCUCAACAUUUCUUUCGACCCCGUACCAGACUACUCUGGAAUUGCCAAGGCCGCAGCGGACGGCGAUUUGUUUGCGGCGAGGGUGGACAAAGCGGUUGACUUUGAGGCCAAGCUGGCCGAGGCGAUCAAGGUGGUCAAUGGUGGCAUGUCGGCCGUGUUGGACUGCAAGGUUGUCCCUGGAAGCUAA